AUGAGUUUAAUCUUACGGCUUUUCUUGCUAGCCUUCUGCCACAUAAACUUGAGCCUCAAUGUCAUUUUGGUGACUGGCCAUCAACAAUCAUUGUUACUCCAGCUGAAGAACAAUCUCAUAUUCAAUUCAACCAAGUCUAACAAACUAAUAUAUUGGAACCAAAGUGAUGAUUGUUGUGAAUGGAAUGGAGUAUCAUGCAAUAAGGGACGCAUUGUAGCUCUUGACCUGAGCCAAGAAUCUAUUUCUGGAAGUAGAGAAAAUUUGAGCAGUGUCUUCAACUUGCAACAUCUAGAGAGUUUAAAUCUGGCCUAUAAUGAAUUCCAUUCUGGUAUUUAUGUAGGGUUUCAAAAGCUAAAGAAUUUGAGGUAUUUAAAUUUGUCAAAUGCUGGCUUUGAAGGACAAAUUCCUAUUGAGAUUUCUUACUUGACAAAGUUGACAACUCUUGAUUUGUCUAGCACAGUUACCUCACAACAUGCUCUAAAGCUUGAGAGGCCAAAUAUUGCAAUGCUUGUGCAGAACCUCACAGAAAUCAAAGAACUAUAUAUAGAUGGCAUAGCAAUAUCAAUCAAGGGAAAGGAGUGGAGCUAUGCUUUAUCUUCACUUAAAAACUUACAAGUUUUAAGUAUGUCAUCUUGCAAUAUCUCUGGUCCUUUAGAUUCAUCAUUGGCAAAACUUCAAUCUCUUUCAAAACUUAGAUUGAACCACAACAUCAUAGCAAGCCCAGUGCCAUGGUCUUUUGGGAAUUUGUCUAAUUUGACCACCUUGCAACUCAGUGCCUGUGAGUUGAGUGGAACCUUUCCAAAAAGUAUAUUCCAAAUAUCAUCACUAAAGGUGCUUGAUGUGUCAAAUAAUCCAAGUCUUCAUGGUUCUCUACCAAACUUCCCAUCUCAAGUAUCUCUCCACAACCUCAACCUUAGUCACACAAAUUUUUCAGGACCUUUGCCAGAUUCUAUUCACAAUUUGAAGCAAUUGUCUAAAUUAGAUAUAUCAAAUUGCCAAUUUAGAGGGACACUUCCUUACUCAAUGUCAAAUCUUACCCAACUUGUUCAUCUAGACUUGUCAUACAAUAACUUCACUGGUCCUAUUCCAUCUUUCAAUAGGUCCAAGUCCCUUGCAAUUUUAUCCCUUAAUCAUAAUAAUUUUAAGGGUGCAAUUCCAUCUAGCUAUUUUGAGGGCCUUAAAAAUCUCAUAAGCAUUGAUUUAGGAGAUAACUCCUUUGAUGGAAGUGUCCCCUCAUCUUUAUUUAGACUUCAAUCUCUUCAAUAUCUCAUGCUUUUUUACAACAAAUUUGAUGGCAUGCUGGAAGAAUUUCCAAAUGCUUCUUCAUCAUUAUUAGAGAUUGUUGAUUUAAGUGGCAACAAUUUUGAAGGGCCUAUUCCGAUGUCUAUCUUUCAACUCAAAAGUCUUCGUUUGCUUCAACUUUCUGAAAACAAGUUCAAUGGCACUAUAGAGCUUGGUAUGAUUGGGAGGUUGCAAAAUUUGACUUCACUUGAUCUUGCACACAAUAACUUAUUAGUUGAUGCAAACAUUAGGGAUGACCAUGAUGCACCAUCCUUUCCCAAUUUGAAAACUCUCUGGUUGGCUUCAUGCAAUUUGAGUGCAUUCCCUGAAUUUUUGAGAAAUAAAUCUGAACUACUAUACCUAGACUUAUCCAGCAACCAAAUUGAAGGAACAAUACCCAAUUGGAUUUGGAAAUUUAAUUAUAUGGUUGUCUUGAAUCUUUCCUACAACUUUUUAACAGAUUUUGAAGGGCCUUUCCAAAACCUUGGUUCAAAUUUGCUAAAACUUGACCUUCAUUCAAACCUUCUCCAAGGCCCUGCUCCUACUUUUUUGAAAAAUGCCAUUUAUUUAGACUACUCAAGCAAUAGAUUCAGCUCUAUUAGUUCAAAAGACAUUGGCAGUCGCAUUCCUUUCAUAUAUUUUCUCUCUCUUUCAAACAACAGUUUUGGUGGAAGAAUCCAUGAAUCGUUUUGCAAUAUUUCAGAUCUUCGAGCACUUGAUCUUUCCAAUAAUAGAUUCAAUGGUCCAAUUCCUAUGUGUUUAACAAGACGAAGUAGCACUCUAAGGCUACUAAAUCUUGGUGGAAAUGAGCUCACUGAUCACAUUUCAGAUACAUUCACAACUUCAUGUUCUCUAAGGGUUUUGGAUCUCAGUGGAAAUCUUUUGAAGGGAACCAUCCCAAAAUCCUUGGCUAACUGCCAAAAACUACAAGUGCUAAACCUUGGAAAUAAUCAAUUAGUUGACAGAUUUCCUUGCUUCUUGAAUAGCAUCUCUUCCCUCAGAGUCAUGAUUUUAAGGUCAAACAAUUUACAUGGGCAUCUUGGAUGUCCCAAUAACAUUGGAAAUUGGGAUACACUUCAAAUUGUUGAUCUAGCCUCUAACAAUUUCAACGGUAUAUUACCAACAACACUCUUACAAAGCUGGAAAGGAUUGAUGCAUGCUGAAAAUGAAGGUGAACAAUCUGGUCAUUUAUUUUUUAAUCUCUAUGAUGACUUUAAUCCUUUGAAUUUUAAGACUGCAAUAGUAGAUCUCAACAGUGAGCUUCAAAUGAAAUUAGCUAAAAUUACAGCAACAGAACCACCCUUUAUAAUUGACCUCAUAGUUUCUCAUAUCUUUGAAGAGGGUGUUGGUAUUAGAAAUUAUGAGGAUUCAGUUACAAUUGUCAACAAAGGUCAACAGCUAAAUUUUGCUAAAAUCCUCAUCGCUUUCACUUCCUUAGACUUUUCAUCCAACAACUUUGAAGGGCCAAUACCACCAGAGCUUAUGAAACUCACAGCACUGCAUGCUCUUAACUUGUCACAAAAUGCUUUCUCAGGUAGCAUCCCUUCUUCUUUAGGCAAUCUAAAACAUCUUGAGUCCUUAGACCUCUCAAACAACUCUUUAAGUGGAAACAUUCCUAUAGAGCUUGCAAGCUUAUCUUUUCUUUCAGUCAUGAACCUCUCCUACAAUCAUUUGGUGGGAAAAAUACCUUCAGGAACACAAAUUCAGACAUUUGAAUCAAAUUCAUUUAUGGGCAAUGAAGGGUUAUAUGGGCCCCCUUUGACCCAAAAUUAUAGUGGUGAAGGAGAUCAAGGGUUGUCACCAGCAGCAUCUCAUACAGGGACUUCAAUCAAUUGGAAUUUCUUAAGUGCAGAAUUAGGAUUUACUUUUGGCUUUGGAAUUCUCAUCGUACCCCUUAUUUUCUGGAAGAGGUGGAGAACAUGGUAUUCCAAGCAUGUAGAUGAACUCCUUUGCAACAUCAUUCCUCAACUUGAUUUUGUUUAUGAACAUCGUGGGGAAACAAAAUAUAGAAUUUUAAAGUGGAAGCCUUAUUGA